AUGCUGUCAAGUGCAGAGGAGAGAUUCGUCUCGUUCGCCAUUGUGACAUCGACGCUUCACAGGCUCGACAUGGGCGCAACAGCCUCUGUCAUCGUCGUCGUCACACGCCCUCCUAACACGCCGGGGGGUCUCAUAGUCCAUUCGCAUGCUCGAUCUUCGAGACAGUUGCUGUUUCCGCUGUCACUCAUCACGAAUGAGAUUCUCUCCUCUCAGAGCCCGUCAGGAUCCUCAGACAGGAUCGGCAGGAUGCUGCAGCUGCUGGACGAGGCGAUCCGCGUCCUCGGACAGACUGAAGUUCCUUCCAGGCCGACGGCGAGCAAGGAGAUCGUCGAUGCGCUGUCUACAUCUAUGAUUGAAGAACAUGACAGUGAGAGGUCCUUGUUGUGGUUUGUUGUUGCCAACUCAUGA